CAUUUUCCCUGUUUGUAGACGGGAAGGGUUACAUAGUCCUUCCGCCCGGAAAUGGGUUCCCUCAGGGCAAGAACAGAAAGGAACGGGCGUCGAUGGAAGAAAAGCGAUCGACAUGGAUGGCCUGGGAAAGCAUCGGUUGGGCAUCAAGAGGAGGCGCCGAGGGCGACAUGACGGAUCGAUCAUGGAUAUGGAUCAAUCAAUCACGGAUUGAUUAAAUUGCCCGCUGGUAGCCGUUCAGGCCGAGCCCAUGUGCCUAUGCACCCACCUCACAGCCAGCCUGGGCGGGAGCGCGGACGGCUCGAGCCUUGCGGGGAGAGUCUUUCAAUCACAGUCACCCAGGCGGGAGGCGAAGCAUCAAUGCUUACUGCGCUGCACUGCGCUGCACUCCAAUGCUGUCAUGCCACCAACUGUCAAGCCUGGUGGCUUUUCUGCCACACUAACCCCAGCCAUGGGUGCCCCCGGCAGACAUCCAACCCAGCAGGCAAACCCAGCAGGCAACCGGUCGGUACCCAAUUGCGGAGAAUCGGCUGGGGAUUCCGCAGCAGCGACCGACGGCAGGAACGCAAAGAGAAAGAAGAAGAAGAAUGUCGCACAGGGAACGGACAAACCGAACCUGCCCUUGUCUUUCGGCCCAAUGCUUUCCCAGACGGAUCCUCAAUCGAACCAAGACCGUGGGCCAGCGGCUAGUCGACCACUCAAUCGCCCAGUCGUCCGUGGAAUAUUCUCGUCGCGUGCCCAGCUCCUCGGCCACUGCCUUUACAGAAUUACUAGUCGAGGCACACAGCCGGCUUUUUUUGGGGACCCUUUCACCCUUUCUAGGGUCUGUCUGGUCUUUCAGGGUCUCGACGUGGUUCGUGUGGGAGAAGAAAAAAGGGCUCGGGCAGUUCGAUUGGGCAGCCAACCACUGGCCAACGUCAUCAAGACGGAAUGCCGCCCAGCCCAGGAACAGACAGGGAAGCCACGAUCCAGGCUCGCUCCAUGCUCGCAGACCCCGCAGUCAGGAGAGACAUGAGGUCCAUGUCAAGGUCCAUGAACGGCGGGUCCAUGUUUUCAAGCUCGGGGUUGAUGCCAAACAAAUAAAGAGGUAUUUUUACUCUGCUAUUGUCCAUGCAGAGCCUCAAACAGCAGCACUCGUCUCCCACCCAGGUACACCACUGUACAUGACAGUAGUAAUCGCCCUCAGGCAUCUUGAGAAAAUCCAGCGAUGCAACAAGGACCCGCCACCGUUUACCGUGUAGCACCUGUCCUACCCUGACGACGACGGCACGGACACCAGUUCUGUUCCUCGCAGCGUCUGGGCCUCGUCGCGUUUUGCCUGCAAGGAACUGCAGGGAGCAUCCCUCCCACCAACAGGGCUUGGAUUUGCCCCGGCUGCCUGCAUUUAAUGGCCGCUGUCCUACCUCGCACAGAAUAAUCCCAUCGUGUCUGGGUGCUUUGCUUACCCCUCCCCGUUCCGGCCACUCCUGCCAACCAAGACUGCCCGACGAGGCACGCAAAAGCAACAACCAGCAGACGCCAAGCCGAACCAUUCUGCCCAACCCAACGCCUGCAGCAGGAGCGCGACUACUGCCUAGGCCAAUACCUAAAGCAACAAGCCAUCCUCGAGCCACCGCACCAGCCCCGGCUGUGAUCAAGGACGGUGGGCCGCAUGCAGCUGCUGACGGGUCCAGGGGCUCCCAGAGGUGUACCGCUCUAGCCCCCGUGUCCAUGUCGGUCGGUUAGCGUACUUGGUAAAGGUGCCAGAGACCAAAAAAAGGACCAGGCCAAAAAAAAAAAAGUGCCAGAAACAACACACAGACCAUCGCUUCUGCGCAUCACGCAAGGCUCGGCCGCCCAACAGAAGGAACCCCGCCCGCCCCUCGUUCAAUCCCACGCUCUGACUGCGUGCCGGCACAGGUGAGAAUUUAUCCCUUGUAAACCGCCUGUCCCCCCCCUUGCUGUUUUGUUUCGUUUCUUUCCUUUCCUUUUUUUCUUUUAUUUUUUUCCCCCCUCGCUACAACGUCGCCUCCUAACCCACCUUGCAGUUUCCCCUUUCUUCCAGUGCAGAUCCCCUCCCUUGCGGCAUCUUGCAGCAGGGAGAUUGGUCGACAACCAUACCAGCCGUCCUCAGCAGCGCCCUCACUGUAUCCGUCGUCAUGGCGGAACGCUACAGAUACGGCGUGCCACGGCCACGCUCGCCGCCUGCGUACAACCCCGCCCGAGCGACUGCAGAGAGUUUCACCUCGCUUUACCCCAGCGACCUGCCUCCCGUCGCCGCGCCGCCUUUUUACGACAUGAACCUGAUGAUCCCCCGCGGCCAGGCCGCCGACUACCGUGCCCAGCCUUCACCUCACGCGACCACCCACACAACCUACGCCGUCGUCUCCAACGAUCCCCAGCCGACGAGGCCUUCUGCCUCCACCCUCAGGGCCCCCAGCACCGGUCGUCACCGCCGCUCCGCAACCAUCGACUCGCACCAGCCCCCAAUCAUCGUCACCACCAUGCCUUCGUCCGGCCGCCCUGCCGCCCCUGGCUCGCACUCGUCAUACGGCUCCAACAUGUCGUCUAAUAUCUCUGGCGCCCGCACCGCCAGCCCCACCCGAGACACCUUCCGCGCCGGCGACAGCUACCGCGCCAGCGACGACGGUGCCUACUACGCCCAACCCGCUUCCUCGAUACGCCAGCGCAGCCGCCAGCGCCACUCGUACGGCGGCCAGCAGGGGCUGCAGCCUUUCAGCGCCGCCCUGGACAACGAAGAGUACAAGCGUCUCCGCGACAGACAUGCGGGCGAGGAGCGCUACGGAACCCCCUCGCGCCAGGACUCGCUUCGCAGGCGCCCAUUGUCUGUCUACGCCAACAUGCCAGCCAACGGCGGCGGCGCCCCCAUUGACUACGAGGGCACCGACGUCGAGUACACGAACCCGAGCGAUCUAGUCAAGUACGACCUCGAGCACUCGCGGCCCCUGCACCGCCGUCGCGAGAGCAUGGAUCGUUAUCAGCGUCCCACCGUCAGCGUCGCAGCCGACAUUGGCGCCCCGCGCGGCCGCGGUCCACCCCCGACCACCUGGGGUCUGGACAAGCUGAACCAGGGCAUCACCGCCGGCGUCUACGACCAGCCUCCAGUCCGUAUGCCUGCGCCCCAUGCUAUCGACACUACUCUUGCCAUCCGCCAGGGCGGCCUCCUCGAGCCUCCAGACAGUCCCGCGAAGCGAAUCAGGGGCACCUCGCGCACCCGACCCGUCUCGCUGUACCAGGAGAGAGAUGCGAGCAGAGACCGCGCUCGCGAUGACUAUUACCGGAGCCAGAAAGAGGAGCUUAUCCAGAAGGAGCUCAAGGACCGGGAGCGUGAAGUCGAUAUGAGUGCCCAGCGCGGCAGCUUCGCUCCCGCGGUUGAGGGUAAACCUGCCGAGCCUGCUCGCCGCGAGCCUGAUCGCCGUGAGCCCGACCGCCGCGAGCCUGAUCGGGAUCGUGACCGAGAUCGAGACCGGGACAGGGAGCGGGAGCGAGAGCGGGAUCGCGAGCGUGAGAGGGAUCGCGAGCGUGAGCGGGAGCGUGAGCGUGAGCGUGAGCCGCACGACGAUCACCGACGGGAACGCCGAGAGCGCCGCAAGGAGUACCACGAGACUGACCGCAAGUGGACCUCGGACGAGGACGUCGGCCGAGUCAUCGCCCGGGAGGAGACUCGCCGUCCCGAACCCGAGGCCGCCAAGCCGCGGCGCGAGAGCCCACGGGGAGAUUCACAGGCACAGGCGCCAUCUGCGCACGUGCCACGCAAGGAGUCGCCUGAUGCUGUUGCCAAGAUCACAAAGGAGAAGAAGAGCGAGGCCCCAGAGGACGCCGAACGCGAGCCACGGCGUGUUCGCGACAAGGUGGCCGCCGGCCUGAGCCUUGCGGCUGGCGCCAUCGGCCUGGGUUCCGCCAUGAAGGACAAGGACGAGAAGGCUGAGAGGUCGAACAAAGUCGACAAGGCGGAACGGCCUGAGAAGUCUGAAAAGGAUGACCGCGAGUCUCCCAGGCGGCGCAUCGAUGAGCCCACCAAGAAGCGCGAGGCAUCGCGCGAGAGGUUGCCCGUCAAAGACAUGAGUGACAAACAAGCCUAUGUCCAGGAUGAGUGGGAGAUUAUCGACCCUCCCUCGGACAACAGCAGGAAACCGAGCCCCGAAUCAGAAACCAGACGGGAGAUGCGUGGGCGUGAUCGGCGCGAUGUCGAAGAUAGGCAGCACGGCGGCGACCUGACAGAUCGCGGUGUGAUUGUUGAGAAGCCCGCCGAAGCCCGCGCUGCGCCCGCCGAGGCUCGCCCUGUGGAGCGGCAGACCGACAGGCACGCCGGCACGGCGGAACCCACGGAGAAGGACAGGCCGCCGCUCACACAGGGCUCGCCGUCGGACGACAGCAAGCCUGUUGUGCGCCGAUUCCGCCGACCGCGGGACUCUGGGUCUGGGUCGUUCAGGCCAUCGGAUCCAGCCGACCUGGAGGCCGUCAAGGCUCAGCUUGCGGCCAGAGAGGCCAGUAACAGGGGCGGUGAAGCACCAAGGCCUACCGUCAGGGAGCCAUCCGUCGAGCGUCGGCGGGCAACUCCGCCUCAAGCCGUCGAUGCUUCUGCUUCCCGCCGUGGCGACGGCUCGUCCCCUUCGCGCAGAUCUGGCAGCUUGGAGGACGGCCGCCGGGGCCGCGAGCUGGUUCCUCCCGCCCAUGACGACAAGCAAGUCCGGGUCGUGUCCCCACCGCGCGACAAGGACGAGAAGAGGCCGCUCAAAAGCAUUCUCAAGCCAAGCUCCAAGUUCCCAGAGCCCAACGACUUUGUGCGAGAAGGCGUGGCACCGCACAAAGACGACAAGACCAAGAAGGACGUCCCGCCUGGUGCUCGCUGGACCAAGAUCAACCGCAAGCUCGUCAACCCAGAGGCCCUUACCAUUGGUAAAGAGCGCUUCGAGGUCCGAGACGACUUUGUCAUUGUCCUCCGUGUGCUCAGCCGCGAGGAGAUCCAGGCGUACACGACCGCCACUGCCCAGCUGCGAGAAAUGAGACGGAAAGAGUACGAGAAGUCACGUGAUAGGGAUGAUGAAGGCCGUGACCGCGAUCGGGACAGAGAUCGGGACCGUGACCGGGACCGGCCCUCGACCCGGGAUGAUGACAAGAAGAAGCACCGGUCCCGGAAAGAUAAGGACGACGAUGACGACCGCGAUGCUGACCGCAGCACGCGGGACGGCGGGGAUCGGCCCCGAACACGGGAUCGGCCCCAGACCCGGGACCGUGAGCGGGAUCGAGACCGGGACCGCGACGACGAUCGGGAGCGUGAUCGAGAUCGGGAUCGACGAGACCGGGACCGGGACCGAGAAAAGGGCAAGGAUAAAGAUCGAGAGCGGGAGCGAGAGCGAGAUCGGGAUGAUGACAGGUACAGGUCCAAGGACGACCGUGACCAUCACCACCACCGAUCCCGCGACGACACGGCCUAAGCGUGCUUGGGGUCGGGAUACAUACGUUUUUAUCUUUUUUCUUCUUUCCAAGGUUGCCCAUCUGGCUCCCUUGCAUAUCUCGCUCAUGACGCUGACGACCAUUUCAUGACAUUUCCAAUGUUUGACGACGACCAUGUAACAGGCGUCUUAUUUGAGGAGUCGAAAAGCGGCAAGGGGAGCCCGUUUUGGAUAUCCUUUAGUGGCUUUAUAUACCGUCGAGAAAGCUUUGCGACUGUUCUUCUUUUUAAGACAGAUGUUUUAACCUUUAUGCCUUUUUUCCCCAGAAAAACUUGAUCGUCGAACCCUGCAUGCGAAUGCUAGCCGCCUAACCCAG